GAAAGUGCUUUAGCAAGGGGGAAAUCCGUUUAUCCAAAAGUUACUGUGUUUUCCGAAAUCCUACCACUUGCAUCGAAAAACCACAGUAAUGCAAAGAGGGGAAGACCAGCAGCGUCAUCCUGUACACAAGAGCUUCAGGCUCUUUUUUCAUGUUUGAAAAAAUGGGAGUUUGACGACAAACCUUGCGGAAAGCAACACACAGCUUACAUGGACUGUGUUCAUGAGUCGGAACGAGCAAUGCAAGAAUAUAAAGAGGCUGCUACAAAGGAAGUAUUCUAUCUUUCAAAUCGCAACAAUGCGGCUCUUGCUAGUUUCAUAACGAAUAGUCCAGCUCUUACCUUCAUUGCUCUAGUGUUGUACAAUGUGUGCUUCACUAAUAAUAUGGAGUGGAAAAGUUUUACUUUUGCGAUCUUUCCUCUUGUUAAACGUAUCUACUUCUCAUUUCUUAAGGGUAUACUUGGCGAAGGAGCACAAGGGAAAUCUUUAACGACGGCACAAUUCAACAAACUGAUGAAGUUAUUCCCACAACCAGACUUGGGACAAAGACCAUACCGCCAAAUGAAGCGAUUACCUACUCAAUCCUAUGCGGAGGACAUAUUCCAUCGAAAACAUUGGAAAAUGAAGCCUAGUUAG